GUCGUUAUUCAACUAUGACAGGGUCAAAUCGGUUUUGCAUUCUAUCACCCCUUUAAGGAUUUGGAGACAAAAUUGUCCCAGUCUUAAAUAUUAGGAAGUGUAGUAGAGAUAAAACCUCUAGACGUAAACAGGAAAUAGCUUCAGUACAUAUAUUAGGAUAACCUUUAUGUUUCCAAAAAAGUAAAUGACAUGCCGAUAAGUGAUAUGCUUAUCCAAUCAGGUGUAGAACGGCUUUAUAAUGACAUACGGCAAUACCUGUACGGCCUACUUUAAAUGAUGUAGGAAAUCUUUUGUGCUUGUAUUCAGCAGUCCUGAUCAAAUGAGCAGACGUAUAGAUCGGUGAAACUGUAUACAAUGUAUGCCAAAUAGAUAGCUGCUUAUGGAAAUGGUGUGUAGUGAAUUAAAAGAGCAUCAAUGUUAAGUCUGCAGCUUUUCUCUUGACACAGUUCAUUUUAAAACCACAAACCAACCAUAUAACACUAUCUUCUGAUGGCCUCACAUCCUGCAGCUCUCUGACAACCUUAUGAUGAAUAGAUAAUGCAAUUUACUUUUGCAUGUUGCAUAAAGACUUAGAGCCUAUAUAAUAAGUAAGAAUUGAAAAAAAUGAAUAAUAUCUAUGAGAAAAGAGAGUAAUGACAUAAUAUUGUAUAGCUAAAAGAUAAGGUUUUCUGAUGAAAAUAUGGCAUUGUAUAAAAUCUAGAGAACAUGGCUUCUUCACCUGUGGUUUGCCUUUACUAAUAAUCAGUUUAAGUGGAAGGAAGUGAAGUUGUGAUGUCAGAACUGCACGCCAUCUACCAACCACCUUCACUCUGAUCAGUAGCCUUUAGGCUGUAAGCAAACUGCCAUUAAUUUGAACCACUUGGUUACAUUUCUUAAUUUAUUUUGGGAUGAUUUUUUAUGAAUGUAGCUGUUAGUCCAAUUUACAAAUACUGUACAAUCAACUUUCUGAUUACCUGAAGGACUACAACAGCCAUGUUUUUGGCAGAAGGUGACUGUGCGUUUAUCAUUUUCAUCCUGUACAUCUCAGGAGUUCAUGGACGAGCAAACAGCAUCUGUGCCUUAAAAGGUUCAUCAGUGGAUCUGCCCUGCUCAGCUCAACGUCCCACUACAACCAUGAAGUGGUACACUGUACACAGGAAUGGAUCUAAAACUGUUCAGAAGGAGCUCUCUACAGAUGAAAAUCGUGUGACGUACAACAUGUCUGCAGAGAGUAACUUCACUCUAACAGUCAAAGAUCUGAGAGAGAGCGAUGCAAAUGAUUACUGCUGCGGAGAGACUACUGACGACCCAGAACUCUGCUGGAACAACAAAACUGAGCUCCGUGUUGCAGGCCUGGAACUUAGGAUGGAUCCUGCAGAGGUGAUAGAGGGUCAGAACGUCACACUGACCUGCAAUACCAGCUGUCCUCUGCCUAACAACCCAAUCUACACCUGGUACUUAAACAGUCAACCUCUGGACCAACCAGAGAACCUAAAAAAACUGAAACUAGACCAAUUCAGCAGUGAGAAUGCAGGAAACUACUCCUGUGCUGUCAAUAGCCGUACAAGUAUCAUUGCUUUUGGUGAUAUACCUCAGACUGUAAAUACUGAAUUGAAAAAGGCAGCAGCAGAAGCAGCAUCAGCGGCCGUAGCAGCAGCAGCUGCAGCAGGAGUCUGUGCUCUUCUCCUGGCUAUCACACUUCUGGUUGUCUUCUUUUGGAUUAGAAAACAGAGGGCUUCGGGUCAAUCUCCUAAAGAGGAAGCAACAGACAACACGGAGCAGCUAAACCCUGAUCCUGUGUAUGAAAACAUCUUAGCUCGACCAGCAGAGCAGGAAGAGCUUCACUAUAGCAGAGUCUACUUCUCUAGGAGCCAGGCAGAACCUCUUUACUCCACCGUCCAGCCACAUCAGCCCAAUCGACAGGAGCAUGUGGCUUAUUACACCAGCAUUGAAUGUUUGCUCACAAAAUCUUCUGUUAAAGGAGUUCAUGGACGAGCAAACAGCAUCUGUGCCUUAAAAGGUUCAUCAGUGGAUCUGCCCUGCUCAGCUCAACGUCCCACUACAACCAUGAAGUGGUACACUGUACACAGGAAUGGAUCUAAAACUGUUCAGAAGGAGCUCUCUACAGAUGAAAAUCGUGUGACGUACAACAUGUCUGCAGAGAGUAACUUCACUCUAACAAUCAAAGAUCUGAGCGAGAGCGAUGCAAAUGAUUACUGCUGCAGAGAGACUACUGACGACCCAGAACUCUGCUGGAACAACAAAACUGAGCUCCAUGUUUCAGACCUGCAGGUAAAGGUGAUUCCUGCCACAGAGGGACAGACAGUGACACUGAUGUGUAGCACCAGCUGUCCUCUGACUGAAAACCCUGCAGUCUACAUCUGGUACAAGAACAGAGAGUUCCUCUAUCAGGACUGGUCUCCCUGGUACCAACAGCUGGUCAGCAGUGAGAAAACAGUCACAUACUCCUGUGCUAUCAAAGGCUACGAGGAUCUCAGAGCCCCUCAAGUCUCAGUGGAUUCUGUCACGUUUUGCACCUUCAGUGUGACCUAUGUUGGGAAAAUGUGUUCUCGUCAGAAGAAAUCAGUGGAUGAGCCGUGCUCCAUCACAUAUCCCAGAGAAGUUAAUGUUGAAAGGAUUGCUGCAUCACUGAAGUGUACCACCAGCUGUGGUAGAAAUUAUGCUGAACAUGACUAUACGUGGUACCAGAACAGAACAUUAUACUCUGAAGGGAAUAUGCUGUCAGUAUCACAGUCUAAUGAAAGCUUCUCCUGUGCUGUGAAAGGCCUGCUGUCGCCUGAAGUCUGUAUUGAGGAUAAGAACUGCUGGAGUGUGAAUUAUGUCCAGAGAAGAAUCUGUGCUCUGGAAGGCUCUUCAGUGAACAUUUCAAGUGAAUAUUCUUUCCCUAACAACACUCAUCCUACGUCAAAAAUAUGGUACAAAAAGGGCAUUGGGAAUAAAGAAAAAGAAGAACUGAGUGAGGUUGCAGGUCGUGUGGAGUAUCAUGACAAGAACAAUCACCACAUCCUAACAAUCAAUAACCUGAAGAAGAAUGACUCAGCAGAAUACACAUUCAGACUCAGACAUCAAGAAACAUGGAAAGAGUCUGACUUUCCUGGAGUCAUGUUGGUUGUCACAGGCCUGGAACUUAGGAUGGAUCGUGUAGAGACGAGAGAGCAGGUCACACUGACCUGCAGUACCAGCUGUCCUCUGCCUAACAACGCAAUCUACACCUGGUACUUAAACAGUCGACGUCUGGACCAACCAGAGAACCCCAAAAAACUGAAACUAGACAGAGUUAGCAGUCAGGAUGCAGGAAACUACUCCUGUGCUGUCAAUUACGGUACAAAAAUCAUUAGAUCUGGUGAAAUAAUUCUGACUGCUUUAAGUAUUCAGACAGCAGCAGCCGUAGCAGCAGCAGCUGCAGCAGGAGUCUGUGCUCUUCUCCUGGCUAUCACACUUCUGGUUGUCUUCUUUUGGAUUAGAAAACAGAGGGCUUCGGGUCAAUCUCCUAAAGAGGAAGCAACAGACAACACAGAGCAGCUAAACCCUGAUCCUGUGUAUGAAAACAUCUUAGCUCGACCAGCAGAGCAGGAAGAGCUUCACUAUAGCAGAGUCUACUUCUCUAGGAGCCAGGCAGAACCUCUUUACUCCACCGUCCAGCCACAUCAGCCCAAUCGACAGCAGCAUGUGGCUUAUUACACCAGCAUUGAGUGAGCAUCUCUUACCAUUACAACUGAUUCGGGAUCUACUUAGUGGCCUUACUCAUCUUGAUCAGUGGUAAUAUUUUCAACAACCAGCAUUUCAAGUUUUUUUUCCGACCUCCAUUUCACUUCACUCCAUGCUAAUGUGGACCAGGAGAUCCUUAAAAGUACUGAGCCUCCCGAGCAAAAGCUGAUCACUUUGAAAAAUUUGUCAGAAAAAAAGGCAGAGUGUUUCUGAAGAAGCAGUAACCACUCAGCUAGCACGGAACAGUGCAUGUGCUAAAAAUCUGCACAACAAAGAAACAAUGUAAAAAGCGGCCUCAGUGGUCAGUGUAACGCUUAUCAGUUAAAUUUUCUAAGCACAAACGGACAUU